AUGGCAAUUGAAGAGACGACAUCAUCUUCAAUGGCUAGCCCACCGUGCCCCAUCAAAACGGUGGUGGUUCUGGUUCAAGAGAAUCGUUCCUUCGACCACAUGCUCGGCUGGAUGAAAUCCCUUAACCCGGAAAUUAACGGAGUCACCGGAGCCGAAUCCAACCUCAUCUCCACCUCAGAUCCAUCCUCGGCCCGUCUCUUCUUUGGGGACAGGUCCGUCUACGUCGAGCCAGACCCGGGCCACUCCAUUCAGGAGAUCUAUGAACAGGUCUUUGGUCAGCCUUGGAGCCAAGAUUCCGCCACUACUGCCAGCCAGCUGAGGCAACCCAAUAUGGGAGGUUUUGCUCAGGACGCAGAGGCGAAAAUGAAAGGUAUGUCGGAGGCAGUGAUGAAUGGAUACAAACCAGAUGCAGUGCCGGUGUACAAGGAGCUGGUGGAGGAGUUCGGAGUGUGCGACCGGUGGUUCGCUUCGGUUCCAGCGUCGACACAACCGAACCGACUGUUUGUGCACUCUGCCACCUCGCAUGGCGCCACGGGCAAUGACACAAAGUUGUUGAUAAAAGGGUUUCCUCAGAAAACAAUUUUUGAGUCAUUGGAUCAACAUGGAUAUACCUUUGGCAUAUACUAUCAAUAUCCUCCUGCCACUCUGUUCUACAGGAAUCUAAGGAAAUUGAAGUAUAUUAAGAACUUCCAUGCAUUUGACUUGCACUUCAAGCACCAUUGCAAGGAAGGAAAGCUACCUAACUAUGUGGUGAUUGAACAAAGGUUUUACGACCUUCCUUUAUUUCCUGGAAACGACGAUCACCCAUCUCACGACGUUUUCCAAGGCCAAAAGUUUAUAAAGGAAGUGUACGAGGCAUUAAGAUCGAGUCCCCAAUGGAACGAAAUAUUGUUCGUCAUAAUUUACGAUGAGCAUGGGGGAUUUUAUGAUCACGUGCCAACACCAAUGUCUGAUGUGCCGAGCCCUGAUGGUCUUGUUGGGCCCGAACCGUAUAACUUUAAGUUCGAUCGACUUGGAGUAAGAGUACCUGCUAUCUUCAUUUCUCCCUGGAUUGAACGUGGUACAGUGAUGCAUGGACCUUCAGGGCCUUAUUCUUCUUCUGAGUUUGAGCAUUCAUCCAUUCCUGCUACUGUGAAGAAAAUUUUCAACUUAAAUGAGUUCUUGACCAAAAGAGAUGCAUGGGCUGGAACUUUUGAUAUUAUCUUAAAUAGGCAAACUCCAAGAACAGAUUGCCCAGUUACACUAUCUCAACCAGUUCCAUUGAGACAAGCCGAAGCAAGAGAUAAUGCAAAAUUGAAUGAUUUUCAAGCAGAAAUGAUACAAAUGAGUGCAGUCUUGUGCGGAGAUCAUAGAAAGGAUAUUUACCCACAUAAAAUUGUGGAAGGUAUGACGGUUUCUCAAGCUGUCGAGUAUGUCAAUUCUUCGUUCAUGAAGUUCUUGAAUGAAUGUGAAAAGGCUGAGAAGAAUGGUGCUGAUGAUUCACAUAUUUGCAUUCUAGAAGAUGAUACACCAUCAUUGUCGUCGCACAAAUCAUUUGGGAAAUACAGAGGCCGAUUUCACCAGUGCAGUGUAAACAGCAGUUGCCGAUCUUCAAGGCAGCAAUCCACCAUUAGAGACGACGAUCGUCAAGGCAGCAAUCCGCCAUUAGAGACGACGAUCUUCUGCAGCAGCUGCAAUUUCUUCUAG